AUGGAUGAUUCUAAUGAUAUAAAUAAUAAUAAUAAUAACUAUAAUAAUAGUAGUAAUACAGGUGAUAUUAAUGAUUCAGGAUUAGAAUCAGUCCCAAGUCCAAAUAGUAGUAAUAAUCAAUCAACAGAGCAAAGAAUUCAAAAAAGAAAGGAAGAAGCCAAAAGAAUCAUGGAGGAAAGAAAGAAAAGAGAAUUACAACAGCCACAACAAUCAUCAUAUGAAGAAGGUAUCGAUGGUGGGGGUUUAGAUGAUGGUCGUUAUCAAUCUCAACAAUCAUAUGAAUCAACACAGCCAGUAGGUCAAAAAAUUGGUCAAAGAAUCGAAAGAAAGGCACCAACUAUUCCAAUUAAUAAAGGUCAGGUUGCAUCACCAUCAUCAGCAUCAACAGUAGCCAAUAGUGCUAACAUCAGAGAGGAUAUGGUCAAAAAAGCUUAUUCAUUUUUAAGUAAUCCAUCAGUUAAAAAUACUCCUUUAGCCAGAAAAGUUGCAUAUCUUGAAAAGAAAGGUCUUACAUCUGACGAAAUUAAAGAGGCAUUAAAAAGAAUUGAAACAGGUAAUAUUAAUGGCUCUGGUGCUAGUAGUAGUGGUAAUGCAAUGAUUCCAUCAUCAAGAAAUGUCGCUCCACAAAAGAAACCAACUCAACAAUCAUAUGACGAUAUUAACAGUAAUCAUGUUAUUUUUAGCCAACAACAACAACAAUACUUCCAACAACAACAUCAAAUGCUUCAACAACAACAUCAAAUGGCAGUUAAUCAAAUUCAAAGUUAUCAAAAAAGAUUAGAGGCUGAUGAUCAAAGAAUAGCUCAAAUGUUAUCAAUAAAUAAUCGUAAAUCAUGGGACGGCUUGUUAUUCUCUAUAACUGCUGUUGUUGGUGCUGCUUCAGGUAUUGCUUAUUUAACCAGUAACUAUAUUCUUCCAUACCUCUAUGGUAACAAAAAGAAAGAAGAGAAUGUUGACAAAAAGAUUACAGAAUUACAACAAGAGAUAAUUAAAUUACAAAAUAACAUUUUUAGCCAAGGAAAUGAUUUUAAAGAACAAACAACCUCAUUAAAAACUUUAAUCGAUCAGCAACAACAACAAAUACAACAGCAACAAGUUAAAUUAAAUUCAACAACAGUCAACACCACUCAACCCUCAUCUUCUUUAUCUAAUAGUACAGAAAUUUUAGAAAUUAAAAAAGAAUUAAAGAAUUUAACAAAUUUAAUAAAUAGUAAUAGUAGUAAAAAUAAUAGUAUUUUUGAUGAUGAUUAUAAAUACAGUAAACCAGCUGCCACCCCACCAUCAACAAGUUUACCAGGAUCAAAUGUAUCAAGUGGAAGUAAAUCUUAUCCUCCAGUUGUAAAAACAAAUCCAUAUUCACAUCUUUCAUGGAAACCACCUACUGAUCAGCCACCAACUAUCCCAUCAUGGCAAAGACCAUCAUCACCAUCAUCAACAACAACAACCACAACUACUACAACCCCAUCAUCUCAAAAACCUUCGGCUGAGAAAUCCUCAAAUGAAACCAUUCCAUCAUGGCAAAGACCAUAUUCACCCAACCCAAAUCCAGAAAAUUCAUCAAAUCCACCAACUCCAACUAAACAACAAUCAUCAUUUAGUUAUGGCGAUGUUAAUUCAUUUUCAGGUACUAAUAGUGAAACUUUUAAUUCAAAACCAACCACUACCACUACAACAACCACCACAUCACCAAAAUCAAAUGAACCAAAUGAAAGUAGCGAAACUAAAUCAAAUGAUUCAGGUAACAGCGCCAAUGACGAAACUCCAUAUUCAUCAGAUUUUCUCGAUGUAAUCAGUCAAUUAAAACAAGGUAAAACUCCACCAGGAAUUAGAACCGAUAUUGAUGACAAGCCACUGGAAAAUUCAACAGUUAAUAAAAGUAAUAAACAAAGACCAAAGAAACCAUGGGAAAAAGAUUCAUUAACUUCAGUUACCAGUAAUCUCAGCGAAGAAGAAACUAAAUUAAUUCUUGAAGAUUCUCCAUCAAUUGAAAUCAUUUCAGAUGACGUUGAAGAAAAAGAAGCUGCAAAGGUAUCAAAUAAUGAUAAUAAUUAA